GCCCAGCUCUCCGUCCUCCAGACCCACGCUCGCUCUUGGCUGGUCUCCCUGACGCGCGACGACACCAUGAAGAGGCAAAAUGUGCGGACCCUCGCCCUCAUCAUCUGCACCUUCACCUACCUGAUCGUGGGCGCCGCGAUCUUCGACGCGCUGGAGUCGCAGGAGGAGACGAGUCAGAGGGGAGAGGUUUCCCUGCGCCGGGCCGAGUUGCUCCACACCUACAACUUGUCCGAGGAGGACUUUGACAAGCUGGAGAAGGUGGUGCUGGAGCUCAAGCCGCACAAAGCCGGCGUGCAGUGGACAUUCGCCGGCUCUUUUUACUUUGCAAUCACUGUGAUCACCACAAUAGGAUAUGGCCAUGCAGCCCCCAGCACAGAAGGAGGGAAGGGGUUCUGCAUGCUCUACGCCCUCCUGGGCAUCCCUCUCACCUUGGUCAUGUUCCAGAGUGUGGGUGAACGGAUUAACACCUUCGUCAGGUAUCUUCUCCAUCGCCUGAAGAAGUGCCUUGGUAUGAGAAGAACCGAGGUCUCCAUGGUCAACAUGGUGACCGUCGGUUUCAUAUCCUGCACGAGCACACUGUGUUUGGGGGCGCAGGCUUUCACCCACUUUGAGGGAUGGACCUUCUUCCACGCCUUCUACUACUGCUUCAUCACGCUCACCACCAUCGGCUUCGGCGACUACGUGGCGCUGCAGAAAGACCACGCUCUCCAGAACAAGCUGGACUACGUGGCCUUCAGCUUUAUCUACAUCUUGACGGGAUUGGCCGUGAUCGGAGCCUUCCUCAAUUUAGCCGUCCUACGCUUCAUGACUAUGAACGCUGAGGACGAGAAAAGGGAUGCCGAGCAGAGGGCUCUCCUUGCUCAUAACGGCCAGGCAGGCAGACACAGCCACUGCUCGAUGGACCAAGCAUCCACUUCCUCCACGCCGUCAGGAUGCGUCGGAGGGAGCGCAAUCGGUAGCGGCGGGGGAGGAGCCGCGAGCCGGGGCCUGCGUAACGUCUACGCCGAGGUGCUCCACUUCCAGUCCAUGUGCUCAUGCCUUUGGUACAAGAGUAGAGAGAAGCUGCAAUACUCCAUACCCAUGAUCAUCCCACGUGACCUCUCCAACUCUGACAGCUACAUGGAGCAGGGGGAGGCUUUCUCCAACCCCCUCCACUCCAACAGCUGCAUGUGCAGUCUGCAGCCCCUCUCAGGCAUCAGCUCAGUGUCCACCGGUCUGCACAGCAUCAACAUGUACAGGAGACUCAAUAAACGAAGGAGCUCUAUUUAGACAGGACUGCGUGCUUUGAGGCUAUGUCCUACUCAGCUAUGUACCUUGUAGCCUUUUUUCCCGCUUUUAAAUACUGUUCCAGUUCAAAGAAAAGCAGCAGAGUAUGUGCGUUGAGGCCAAAAUGGGCCAAAUCUUCCCUGCUUAAGAUAAAUCGAGCUAUUGACUUUUGUAUGGCGUUAUUUCUCAUAACAGAUGAUUCAGUAACAAGACCAAUUAAAGACAGAAGGAGUGUGUAGAAGAUCAACACACAGCCACAAAAACCUGGUACAUGCUUCCUAUGCUGGUCACCAGUUUGGACACACACUGCUAUGGGAUGGCCUUCCAUCAUAGUUGUGUUGGUCAUUCUAGUACAAACAGCACACCCAAGCUGAUUCCACAAGUGUGUAAUUCGGUUGAGGAGAACCACUUCACUCUUUCUACAACCAAAAUCUGAAGAUAAUUCCUGAAUCAACGACACUCUAUGGUAGGGAUGGAACGGGUUAUGAGAACAAUCGCUUGUGUUCCUAGGAUCAUGUGUGUUUUCCUUUGUUACUAACUUUGUUACUAAUCAGUUUAGAGGGCCAAACGCGGCCAGCCAGCCUCUUCAAUUUGGCCAGUGAGGCGUCAUGAGUUCAACAAAGCAUCAUUAUGAGUUCAACGAAGCAUCGCACCGCAAAGUACUUUAAAAUUUAUCUUAAAUACCGGGCGAUCUAUGAAUGCUACAUAUUUGCUGCUAUCUUGUGGACAAUGUGAGUAUAUCAGAUCAAUGACCCCUGAAGGUACUUAUAAAUAAUAGCUAUGUUAUUUCUAAUAUAUUUUUAUUUUAAUAUUUUCCAAUAUGACACAAUCCAAACAACCCCCCCUAGUCAUGGUGCAAAAAAACCAAAAACACUUUCAACUAACAUAAAGGUCAACACACACGGUCACACAUAACACAACCUGCUCACUGAACAUUGUGGAUAUUAUGAAAAACGUCUAAACAACAUAAAAAAAAAAAUCAAAAUUACAUUCAUUUAAAUUCAUUAGAGUGCAUGAGGGGAAAAAUGUAAAACACUCUCUCCACACUUAUGCAUGUUUGGCACAUUUUAGCUGCUUGAUAUUUCUGAUUGAUUACAAAACAUUGAGAAGGUUGUCACAGAAGGAAACAAGAUAGGAGUCAAACCUUCACAUACUCCUAAUAUCCAAUUAUAUUAAUUUUAUAUACACAUAUAUAUGUAGUUACUUUACAUUUCGGCCCCCAAAACAAUUGGACAUCCCUGGUUUAGAGUGUGUUUGUGUAUUUCUGAUUGUAUGUGUGCAUCGUAAGCAAAGUAGGAUGCUGUGACGGCGUGGACAGAAUCCUAGAAUUGGCCAACAAAAACGGAAUCCACUGUCAAACGCGGACAAUAAUGGAACAGUUAGAUUUUGUAUUUACACUAAUUCAACGGUCAGAGCUUUGGAGACAUUUUAAAGUUUUAUUUUGUAAGAUAUAAAUAUUAAUAAGCCCUUUCCAUCGCAUUAACUUUUUUUGGGCCAGUGCUGCCAUCUUGCAGGACAACGUUUUCUAACCCUUGUGUUUCAGUGAUGGAGAUACCAAGCCACAUCACAUUACAAUAAGGUACUAAUAUUGUCAUUCAUCCACGUUAUUGUAUUCUUAGCAUUUGAUCGAUCCCAAGUGGAGUGUUCAGGUUGUCUUAGAAGACGUUUAGCCUCUCAUCCGAGCAGACUUCAUCAGUUCAGCUCUCGUCUGUCAGACUCUCAGUCAAAUAGACUAAAAACAAAAGGGCUAUAUUGGCCAGCUCUAGUCCCUCAGACGAUCUAUCUUUUUGAACGUGAGCUGAUGAAGCCUGCUCGAAUGAGAGGCUAAAUGUCUUCUAAGACAAACUGAACAGUCCAUUUGCGACUGUUUCAGUGCCUUGAGAAAAAAACAAGUCAAUAGGCUGUUUUGCAUAGGAAGUGAAGAUUUGGCACGUUUUAUAUGGGCUGCUCUGAAUACUUAAUAAGGUAAUAUCGAGGUUGUUUCCUUGACCGAGGGUUCAUGGUGGGAGUUACAAAGCCAUUUGUUACAAAAACUCCAAAAAUCUUUAACCUAAAAGACAUGUACAGCCUUUCCUAAACCCCUGAAAUUGUACAAUUGUGUACUUGUAAUUUAAAUUAUUGGUCAAAAAUGGACAAAUUAUACUGUGAGAGAGGCUUUUCAAAGGGAGCACGAGGUACUGAAUAAAAUGAUGUACAGUAAAUGAACUGUCUUCAAUAUUACCACGGCUUGUAUAUAUUUUCACAUAUCAGAAAAGGUGAAAUCUGUAUAUAUUACGCCACUUUACUAGCAGUCGUUGCUGGGGGAAACCGUUUUCCUUUCAGUAUAAAAGUGUCUUUUCUUUUUAGCCCUGCUCGAGCCAAUUUUGAUAGGCUUCAUCCUAGAGACACAGAGAUACUUUAUGUUAAAGUAAAAAAUGAUUGUGCAUAAUCAAUACAUAUGUCAUAGCGGUACGGGACACUCGUGACUGUGUUUUUAACCACUGGGCCUCCUCACCACUCCUAUCAGACCUCACAGUUUUAUACAGAUGCAUUUAUUAUAUCUUUUUUUCCUCCACGUCUGACUUGUAUUUACCUGUUGCCUGUUACUAUGUUUUCUUAUAUAGCAGUGCUUGCAUGUAAACUCACUCUGUACAUAGAAAAACGUCAUACCGAGUUCACUGAUGCACCUUGGACGAUUGUUGUAUGCUUUCGAACACUGGAAUUCAGUGUUAAUUUCUUAGUUUUUCUAUUGAAACCACGUCAUGUUUUGUUUUAUAAAUCAUGUUUCCUAAUGGUUUCAUUUUGAUGAAUCACUUUGCUGUUGAUGAAAGAGAUUACUGGUAGUACACCUCACUAUUAAAUGGCCUCAGAGUUUGAACCUCAUGCACUUUGCUCGGAUAAUACUAUUCCAAGUCUUCAAACAGUGUCCAUCUGAUUGACUUGUCUUUCUUUAUAUUUGAUUUUCUUGCGUUUUCUUUCUUACAAUGUUCCAGUACACUCGUCAAAUCAAAAGAACCACAUUUUAACACAUCUAUUUUUCUACGUGAAGAUACUGGUUAUCUGCAAAAUAUUCUUGUUCCUGACAGACGGACUUCAGUCUACAAUGUGUGCGGCUAUAUUGUACAUUUC